ACACGCAGACUGCACAGUGCAAUACCCGGAGACAGACUGCAGUGUAUUAGAUGAGACAGACCCAGUGUAAGUGAGAGCUUCACUCCAAGCCCUCUGACAGUAUCUGGCAUAUAGUGGGUGACUGGCAGCAUGUGACUGCAGCCACUACCACCCUGAGCAGAAGACCCUGCACACAAUCCCUGGAUCAUAACAGCCAGGAACCUGCCCUGAAGCCUGGACUAAAACUUUCACCACCCUGCUGGACAGACUCCUCCACUGGGCUGAAGCACUACUACUCCCCCUCUCUCAGAAAGUGGGAUUCAUAGCUGCAGAGUUUGCUCCAUUCAAGGUACCAGGGGUUGAAAAUUGGAUCUGGCGUCCUGCCAGCCCUAAGAGGGACGUCUCCCCGGGGUGUCGAGUGGUCUGAGGAUAAGCAGUUAUAGAAAUGCAUUUAAAGGCUUAACACAAAGGAGAUUACGGGAAGGAGCUCCUGGGAGGUCUCGCUCUGGACAGUAGUCGCGUCGCUGAUUGAUGAGUGUUUGCCAAUCCUGAGGUCUCUGUUGGUCAGUGCUGAGGAGGAGAAGUGACGAGAUGGAGGGCGACAGUCUGAGCUGCAUCAAAUACCUCAUGUUCAUCUUCAACUUCUUCAUAUUUCUUGGUGGAUCCUUUCUGCUUGGACUUGGACUCUGGGUGAUCGUUGACCCCACUGGUUUCCGGGAGAUAAUUGCUGUCAAUCCUUUGAUGUUUAUGGGUGCCUAUCUCCUCCUUGCUAUGGGUGCCAUGCUUUUCCUGCUUGGCUUUUUGGGCUGCUGUGGAGCAAUCCGUGAAAACAAGUGCCUUCUGCUAUUUUUUUUCAUGUUUAUUUUGGUCAUAUUCCUCGCCGAGCUCUCAGCUGCUAUUUUGGCCUUCCUCUUUCGAGAGAAUCUGACCAGGGACUUUUUUACCAGGGACCUAAAACGACAUUACCAAGGCAAUAACGGCACAAAUGUUUUCACAUCAACUUGGAAUUCUGUAAUGAUUACGUUCGAAUGCUGUGGAGUGAAUGGACCAGAGGAUUUCGGUGGUGCUUUGCAAUACAAACCAUACACAAUGAAUGGUGUACCUGAGGCCUGCUGCGGAAAAAAAAUUCUACAAAAAGCUGCAGAGAUCAUUGGCCAGGAAGAAUGCAUGAUGGGAAUAGAAAUUAACAGACAGGGGUGUUACUCAACAAUACUGAACUCCUUGGAACCGUAUGUGUACAUUGCCGGAGCGUUAGCCAUCGGCGUCUUAGCUGUUGAGCUUUUUGCAAUGAUAUUUGCCAUGUGCCUGUUUAGGGGCAUAGAGUAGACAGACCACCGCUCAGGAAGACUUGUGUGCCAAAUUGUGAGGGUCUCCUAACUCCCCGGAAAAUCAUCUUGUUUCAAAGCCUCCACUGCAAGAGGGUCUUGCACUACCCCUGGGGUCCUCAAAAGCAAAAAGUGUUACUGUGAACACAAUUUCUGACAAAGGACCCUCGUUGCUGUACCAGCGUAUUAACUCUAUCAAGACUCCCCCUUCCUGGCUUCGGGGGGAACUGCACUGGAAAUGAAUAACCUUGCAAGUAUCUGCAGAAUAUACAUUGAUUAGCAGCCUGUGUCCAACAUGUAUAUAAGAGACUGGUGAGAACACGGAUGAGAUGUUCUGUGCCCCUUGCGGACGCUUUGUGCAGGUGACAUGAAGCGGCAGCGCUGACUGCAGGGUAGUAAAAGGCACUGUACUGUUCAUGGUAGAAGUUUAUGAUUCUGUCCUGUGUCUUAUAAACUCUCUUGUGCGUAGAUUUCCUUUAAGAGUGAAUGAUUACAUUGUAGCACAAAUGCUAAACUAUUAUUUAAAGAUACUUGGGAUCUCCUUUGAUCCAAAGCAAACCAUUUAAAAGGGGGGAAAAAAAUCCCUUUAAAUUAGGACAACUACUCAACGUCCAGUGAAAACUGAGGUAAGGCGUGUGACUGCACCCCAUUACCUGACCUUCCAAAAAGUGCCGGAAAAAGUGAGCCCUUACUGAAAACUGAUCCCAGCUCUUUACUUUUAGGCGUAAGUGCGGCAUGCACCCAUUUCAGCUCUGCUAUGGCCCAAUCAUGUCCUCUACUUUAGAUCUCGAACGUGCCCCAGUUCGCUUAAGUUGUUGAAGGAUUGUCUCUUGCCCCGGAGGAUCGAGCUUUACACAUAUACAGCCCAUUGGGUUAAAUUAGAAUUUUGUAAUUCUUAGUUUCCCCUGUGGUGGCGCUCCAAGGGAAUCAGACAGUUUUGCUGAAUGAUUGCUCAGGGUCCCGACAAUGGGGGAACCUGUUGUCAAUUUGGGGGGACCCUUCAAAAAAAAUAAGUAGACAACUUUAAAAUAAACAAGCACCCUUUAAAUAGGGACAUCUGAUGGUGGAUGAAUGGCUUCCACAACAGGAUUAAUUUUGUCACCUAUUGUAAAGUUAGUGACAGGUUUUCAUGUCAAGACCAAGGUGCCAUCUCCCUAUACCUUAUUGUGCCCACUAAAAGGCCCCACUGGGUAAUGUUGUAUGAUAAAGUGGGUCCCUACUUUGUUCAGGUUCUUACCAUCCCCUAACCUAGACCUCAUGAUAACAAUGUUUCUCCAUCCUUCCCCCCUAACUUGCCCAGGAGAGGAUGCAGGCUGCGCCUGUGCAGCAGCAUGUCACAAGCACUGUGCACACUCCAGCUCAUGGAAGGAAGGGACAGAUAAUUUCCAAUAACCUUCCAUUAUCUACAGAAAGCAGCUGUAGGUACCAGCAGAGGGGGCUAUAAUAAUGGUAGUUGAUGCAUUCAGUAGACUACACUGCUCAGCUGCACCUUUUUUUACAGUCAUGGAAAUACGUGAGACACUUAUUUUCCAUGUAAUCUGUAACUUUAGGCCUUUGUGACAAUUACCAGUUGUUGUUUCAGCAGAUAUCCUUUCUCUCUCGCUUUUAGGCAUUUUUGCACUAUUCUUUUUUGCCAUCUAGUGGUAGAUCAGCAGUACUACACCAAGGACACAAUUCAACUUCUGCAUUAAAGUUAUUUUUUUUGCAAUAAAGUAAAGAGAUGCAUAAAAAAAAAAAAAAAAAAUGUAUUUAAGGAUUCGCCAGGUCUAGCAUCAUCCUUACAGCACAAUUCACUUAAUGAUUGUUGCCCUAAAUUAAGCUGCCUCCACCAUCAGGGGCCACGAGCCAGAAUGUUGCCAUAGCCUUAAAAUGCAUCAAUCCAUACAGGACAUGUCCAAUAUGGCCGAAGGUAGAAGGAAUACAAAGACCCAAUAUCUGUAGGCUUCGGUUCUUUGUGCCCACUGCUGAUGAAAUGACAGGCGACUCAGAUCCCCAAGGUAUCUCUACUUAGCCCCCAUGCUUUAAACUGCAACUCUGCUUGCUCAUAUUGACUGCUGUGUGUAAACUAAAUCUCAGUGUAUAGUCCGUGCACAUUCUGCCAACUUCCCCUACAGAAAGGAUGGAAGGUCUGUAACCUACAACUAUGCCCCCUAGUGACGUAAAUAGGUGAUAGCUGUACAGAUACUCAGGAAAGGAGGCCCAGUGGACGAGGGGUGUUCUAGAGUUUCACUAAAUUCUCUAAUGGGCAAAUAAACACGAUACUGUGCCUUAACCCAGACUUAUUCCACGUACAUCAGCUCAUUAUACCAAUAUUGGCGCCCAUCUUAAAAUUAAGGCUUCGGGUCAUCACCAGGACUUAAAAUUAAAUGUAGACCAUCAGCCAUUCUCCUUUAUUAAAAAAACAAA